GAAGAAGAAGAAGAAGAAGAAGAAGAAGAAGAAGAAGAAGAAGAAGAAUACUGAUGAUGUGUUGUUUGUGUUUCUCCCACAUGAGGGCAGUAACGCCUCUGACGGGCUGCUAAUCUACCGCCAUCAACCUCCACCGAAGAAGAAGUUCCCAAUGCAACAGCUAGGCGUCAAUAUGCCUGCUGCUGUGAUUAUGGAGGAAAAUUAUGAUAAAUUAUUAGAGCAGUGUGAAGCUCAGGAGCUGGAGGCUCCAGGGGGCAUUGCAACACCUCAAGUGUACGCUCAGCUGCUGUCGCUCUAUUUACUUCAUAAUGACAUGAAUAAUGGCAGGUAUCUCUGGAAACGGAUUCCCCAAGCAAUAAAAUCGGCAAACCCUGAACUAACAUCUAUUUGGGCUGUUGGCCAACGCAUUUGGCAACGGGACUUUCCAGGGGUCUACACAACAAUCGCAGCCUUCCAGUGGACAGAGAACAUCCUUCCAGUCAUGGAGGCGCUACGAGAGAGCACGCGGCAGAGGGCGUACAGUCUGGUGGCUCAGGCCUACACCUCCAUCGCUGCAGAGGACUUCGCUGCCUUUGUGGGAUACUCUGUGGAAGAGGCAGUAAAGGGUGUGGUAAGUCAGGGCUGGCAGGCAGACCCUGCUACCAGGAUGGUGAUGCCCAAAAAGCCCGAUCCUCCCCCCGUCUCAUUGGUUCCAAAUGAGCAGCAGUUGGCCAGACUCACUGACUACGUGGCUUUCCUCGAGAACUGAUAACCCACCAACACCACUACCACCCAGUUUUGCUCGCCCGGUACAGAGGGGGGGAUUUCUGUUCGGAUAGACUGUUCCUUCAGGGAUGUACCAAACACACACCAUCAUUUCGCAUGAGCGCUGCAAGCUGCAGAAAGCCUAUUUAUGUCCCUAACUAAAAUAGCUCCCCCUGAUAGUGUUACAAAAUCUGUCAGACACAAUGUUGUAUUAUAUUCUUCUUUCUUUGGCUCUGUGAAACAUGUCAUCAAUGUCAGUAGGUUUCAUUGCUACAUUAACAGGCCCCUCCCACACAAUAGAAACCCACAAGCUAGUAUGGACAGGUUAAAGGAACCCCCCCAUACACGUGUUGCCAGUUGACAGAAGGCUCUGCAGACGCACGUCAGCGCAAGAUUUCAGUCCUCAGACCUCAUACUUUGAGGUUCAUGUUUUGACUGGUGAAUAAAUAUAAUUUUGUUUCUAAUUGAA